GGUCAUUUCUGAACAUUACAACUCAAAAAGCUCCCAUAUGUUUGCCGCUCUUUUCAUCUAACAGGUGCCAUCAUCGCUCACUCUCCAUUUUACCAUUUCUUCUUCAACUCCAGCAUUAAGUUAAGGGCGAAGAGCGCUGAUGGUGGAAGUAUGGUGGUCGAUAUUGGGGGCAGCUAUUCCAGCAGUAGUUGCAGGGCAAGCAUACAGAAUGAGGAGAAGGCAUUCUGAGGAGCAGAAAAUAAAGACUGCUAGGGGAAGGGAGAAGAAUCCAGAUGACAUUUUUGUUUGUGAGAGGGUCUGCACAUCAAAGAGAAUGUUGAAAAAGGUGGGCUCUUUCUCGAAAGACCCGAUUCCCGAUACUUGCGUGACUGUCUGUGGAGUAUCUGAGCUCGAUGCCUGCACAGAUGCCUGUGCUCGCACCGUUUGUGUGAACCAGCAUCAAGUACCAAACUGGAAUGACGUUUGUCUUAGGAGAUGCCAGAGCGAAUGUCUCAGGCUUUCUGCUUCGCGUUCAUCUUAGUGAAAUGAUAUGAUGCCUAAAUGAUGCAGUUUUUCCAUUCAUACGAUGUAUUGCAUUUUGGGUUGUGAACAUUGGCUAGGGAACUUUUGGCUUUCUGGAGAUGAAAUGAAAAUGUUUUUCUCAAUUUACACAAGUUUCUUUGUUA